CUAUGUAGACAGAAAAUCUGGCCGGCGUGCGCCGUGCAUCCAUCCAAUCGAUCGCCAAUGGGAACAUCAACUAGCGAGCAAGGAGGGAGAGAUCGCGAAGAGGAGACGGAACAGCAGGACGACCUGACGCGGCUGCUACCGGCGGACGUGCUCCGCCGCCUCCCCGCGCCGCGGGCUCGCCGUCUCCCGGUGCGUGUGCGCGGCGUGGCGUGACACCGUCGAUGCCCGCCGGCUCAUGCUCCCGCGCCUCCUGCCGCACUCGCUGGGCGGCAUCUUCCUCCGCUUCUGCGGCUUCUUCUACACCCUGCAGCUCCUCGCCCGCCCCGCGGCCGACGACGACGGCCCCAGGAUCCCCGGCGGCGGCCUCGGCCACUUGCCGGACACCGUGCCGUACGACUUAUUCCCGUACGGCGGCAGCUUCGACCACUGCAACGGCCUGCUCCUGCUCGACGAUGCCGUGGUCAACCCCGCCACGGGGAAGUGGGCCGCGUUGCCGCCACGCCCUCCUCUGUCGACGGAAUCAGCAGAUGAGUUCUACACGGGCAAGUACCUGGUGUUUGACCCGGCGGCGUCGACGCACUUCGAGGUGGUCUCGAUCGAUCGCUUGUUGUACAUGCCUGAUCAGACUGCUAUUCAGGCGUCGGAAUGGCCACCAUCGCCGUGCACCAUGCUUGUCUUCUCGUCAAGGACUUGGCAGUGGGAGGAGAGGUCUUUCCUCCGGGAAGGAGAGGCUGCGGGGACGCUCGAUGACGUAUUUUGCCGAUGAUUUUGUAUUUUGCAGAAUAUCUUUUUCUAACAACAAGUGCCGGGUGAUCAAACCGCCAAUUGGCACCGAA